CGUUCUCUUUACACUCCAUCACAGUAGGUGCCGGUAUGCACCUAUGAAGAUGGUUCGCAACCGGCCAUAAAACAAAAAGAGAAGAAGAAGAAGAACUAACGGUUUCGAAAUCCUCGGUUCCUAGCACUAGGGCGAGGCGAAGCUGAAGCAAAAUAACAACGCACUUUGUUUUGUUUUGUUUUGUUACACGCGUUUUGGAGCUUAUGUAUCAACAUCACAUCGCAAGCAAAAAUGAUUCAAACUUCUGUGUGUUGUUGAUUUUACACGUCUUCAUAUUGGCUUUAAGUUUCACAACAGAAAGUAACAUUUUUGUUUCCGCGCAUUCUGGACUGUGUUUCGAAAACGUGGAGGAAAAUGCUAGGGGUUUUUCUCACACUGUGUGUUUUGCUCUUUCGUGGUGCUUCUGGUGUUGAGAUGGACAAAGUGUCAGUGAUGGAGGGAGAUUCAGUCACUUGAAUACUGAUGUUACAAAAAAACAGACAAGACAGAAUUAUGUGGUAUUUCAAUGAAAAUCGCAUAGCUUACAUCACUGGAGAACAGACUAAGAUCUGUACAGAUCCAGAGUGUCCUGAGACAUUCAGAGGCCGACUGAAAUUAGACACUCAGACUGUAUCUCUGACCAUCACAAACAUCAACACCACAGACUCUGGAGGUUAUCAUCUGCAGAUCAACAGCCGCAACCUUGAAAAGACCUUCAAUGUUACUGUUCAUGAUGCUCCAGCUGCCGGACGAGAUGAAAUGAAGUCAGUGCAGGAGGGAGAAUCAGUCACUUUGGAUCCAGGUGCGAUAAACAACCCAAAUGAUUUGAUGACAAGGCUUUUUAAUGACACUUGCAUCGCUGAAAUCAGUGCAGAUCAGAGUAAGAUCUGUACAGAUGUUCAUUGUGAAGAUGGUAGUAAGAGAUUCGGAGACCGAGUGGAGGUGAAUCAGACUGGAUUUUUUGACCGUCACAAACAUCAGAAGCACAGACUCUGUGGAGUUUAUCAUCUACAGAUCAACAGCAGCAGCAGCAGCUUCAGUUAUUGUCACUGGUGUCAUGCAGUUAUUCAGUGCAAAAUUAAAUAAAGUGCCUUUCACCGAGGACUGUUUCAACUAACAUUUUAAUGAAUGUUAACCUGCAAAAAUGCACAAUGAAAAAAAAAAAACAAACAAAAAACCAACCUUUAUCAGUUAAAUCUGUUGCACACAACUGAUGAACAGAGCAGAAAAGAUAUAAAUAUCAGUCAGAAAUAUCAAUAAAAUUGAAAUGACUGUCUCUCUUUUUUG